GUGAGCCUCGGGCAGCGGCGCCGGCAGGCAGGCAGGCAGGGCUCCCGCUCCGCGCUAUCGCGCAGCAACGCGGCGCCGCAUCCCGCCCGCAUCCCGCCCGCAUCCCGCCCGCCUCCCUCCCGCGUCCCGCUGCCAUGGCCGGGCGGCGCUGGGCCGGCCGGUGCGCGGCCCUGGCCGUGCUCCUGGCAGCCUGGUCCCUGCCCCGAGGAGGCAGCGCCGGGCGGCUCUUCCUCAACGAGUGGGCAGCGGAGAUCCCGGCCGGCCCCGACGCUGCCAGAGCCAUCGCGGACGAGCUGGACUACGACCUGGUGGGACAGAUUGGAUCACUGAAAAACCACUACUUAUUCAGACAUAAGAGUCACCCAAGACGGUCCCGAAGAAGUGCUAUUCAUAUCACUAAGAGACUUUCUGAUGAUGAGCGGGUGUCAUGGGCAGAGCAGCAGUAUGAAAAAAAGCGAACUAAGCGUGCCGCCGUGAGAGACUCAGCAGAAAGCCUUUUCAAUGACCCUAUGUGGAAUCAGCAGUGGUAUCUGCAAGACACAAGAAUUACUCCAUCCCUGCCCAAACUGGAUCUCCAUGUUAUUCCUGUGUGGCAGAAAGGAUUCACCGGCAAGGGAGUUGUCAUCACAGUCCUAGACGAUGGAUUGGAGUGGAAUCACACUGACAUCUAUGCUAACUAUGACCCAAAGGCAAGUUAUGAUUUCAAUGACAAUGAUCCUGAUCCCUUUCCUAGAUAUGACCCAACGAAUGAAAACAAGCAUGGGACACGGUGUGCAGGGGAAAUUGCCAUGCAAGCCAACAACAGAAAAUGCGGAGUUGGAGUAGCCUACAACUCCAGGGUUGGAGGUAUACGAAUGCUGGAUGGAAUAGUCACCGAUGCUAUUGAGGCCAGUUCAAUUGGUUUCAAUCCAGAACAUGUGGAUAUUUACAGUGCAAGCUGGGGCCCCAAUGAUGAUGGCAAAACUGUGGAGGGACCUGGGAGACUGGCCCAGAAGGCUUUUGAGUACGGGAUAAACCAGGGACGAAAUGGGAAAGGCUCCAUUUUCGUGUGGGCUUCAGGGAACGGAGGUCGUCAGGGUGAUAACUGUGACUGUGAUGGUUACACUGAUAGCAUCUACACCAUUUCCAUUAGCAGUGCUUCUCAGCAAGGGCUUUCUCCCUGGUAUGCAGAGAAGUGCUCUUCAACUCUGGCCACAGCAUACAGCAGCGGGGACUAUACUGACCAAAGAAUUACAAGUGUUGAUCUUCACAAUGAAUGUACAGAAACUCACACAGGGACCUCUGCAUCUGCACCUCUGGCAGCAGGAAUUUUUGCUCUGGCACUGGAAGCAAACCCAGAUCUAACGUGGAGGGAUAUGCAGCACUUGGUAGUGUGGACUUCAGAAUAUGAUCCACUGGCUGGAAAUCCAGGAUGGAAAAAAAAUGGAGCAGGACUGAUGGUCAACAGCCGGUUUGGGUUUGGGCUACUCAACGCCAAUGCCUUGGUGGAUUUAGCUGAUCCCAAGAGAUGGAAAAGUGUACCAGAAAAGAGAGAGUGUAUUGUCAAAGACAAGAGCUUUGAACCCAGAUUAUUAAGAGCAAAUGAAGAAGUCAUUAUUGAAAUUCCCACAAAAGCCUGCGAGGGUCAAGAGAACUCCAUUGCAUCUCUGGAGCACGUGCAGCUCGAGGCAACGAUUGAGUAUUCCCGUAGAGGUGAUCUGCAUGUCACUCUGGUUUCUCCAUCAGGGACCAGCACUGUCUUACUGGCUGAGAGAGAGAGGGACAAGUCUCCCAAUGGCUUCAAGAACUGGGACUUCAUGUCUGUCCACACCUGGGGGGAAAAUCCAGCAGGCACCUGGAUUUUAAGAAUUACUGAUAUGUCCAGGCGAAUACAAAAUGAGGGGAGGAUUGUAAACUGGAAAUUGAUUUUGCAUGGCACUGCUACCCAGCCUGAACACAUGAAGCAGCCACGUGUGUAUACAUCCUACAAUGCUGUGCAGAAUGACAGAAGAGGAGUGGAGAAGAUGACGGAUCUUGUAGAGGACCAUACCACACUGGAGAGCCUGAGUGAAAAACCCAAGGCCACAAAAGACACCGGCAGCAGCAGUGACAAAGCAGAAGAUAAAAUCCCAUCAGAAGCCAUGCUGCAUUUACUGCAAAGUGCUUUUAGCAGACAGAUGGAUCAGAAGCAGCUGCCGAAGAAGACCGCAAGCGAGAAGUUAAACAUUCCAUACGAACACUUCUAUCAAGCCCUCAAAAAAUUGAACAAGCCCUCCCAGUUAAGAGGCUCAGAAGAAAGUCUGUACAGUGACUACGUUGAUCUUUUUUACAAUGCCAAACCUUACAAGCAUAGAGAUGAUAGACUGCUGCAAGCGUUGGUUGAUAUCAUAAAUGAAGGAAAUUAACUGUAGGGUAUGGCACUGAGUUGGAAAUAUUCGUUCUCCCCACCUGUAGUUUUUUUUCCCAAAGUCUGUGUAUGCUCUA